AUGACCGUACCUCCCAACCCAUCUCUGAGCGACUCCGCUACCGGUUAUGUAGUGACCCAUCGCGGCAGCGUCGUGGAAAACCGACACCAAGUGCACGCCGCCGUCACCGAUGCCACGGGCCGCAUCUUAUAUGCCGUGGGCGAUCCCACGCGCGUCACCCUGGCCCGCUCGGCCGCGAAACCUGCCCAAGCCCUGGCGGUGGUGGAAACCGGCGCUCUCGAAAAGUUUGACUUCAACGAGGCGGAUCUAGCGUUGAUGUGCGCCUCCCACAGCAGUGAAGAUCGCCAUCUUGCCCGUGCUCGCGCCAUGUUGAGCAAGGCCAAUAUGCAGGAAGAGGACUUACGGUGUGGGGGUCAUGCGGCCCUGUCGGAGGCUGUCAAUCGAGCCUGGAUCAAGCAAGACUGGAUACCGACGGCCAUCGCCAACAACUGCUCGGGCAAACAUGCCGGUAUGCUGGCAGGUGCCAAAGCCCUGGGUGCCACUACUGCAGAGUACCACUGCCCCACCCACCCCCUUCAGCAGCAGGUUGCCCACGCCGUCGAGGAGUUGGCGGGCUUACCUUCAGAUCGUGUCCAAUGGGCCAUCGACGGCUGUAACCUGCCGGCCCCCGCGCUGCCCCUUCAGCAUCUGGCCGCUAUCUACGCCCGCAUUGCCAAUGCGGCUGAUGCGGUCCCCUCGGAUCAUCUGUCUCCUCGAACGCAGGCCCUAGGUCGCAUCUUUCGAGCGAUGGCGGGCCAUCCGGAACUGGUGGGAGGAGAUGGUCGGUUCUGUACCGCGCUGAUGCAGGCAUUUGAGGGAGCUCUGAUCGGCAAGGUGGGAGCGGACGGCUGUUACGCCAUUGGGGUGCGUGCUUCAGAUUACACGCAGCGGCUGGGUAGCAGCGGGGCUCUGGGGAUUGCGGUUAAGAUUGAGGAUGGCAAUCGGGAGAUACUCUAUGCCGCUGUGGUUGAGAUCCUGCGCCGACUCCAGAUCGGCUCUCCCGUGCAGCUGCAGUCGUUGGCCGCAUUUCAUAAACCCGAGAUCCGAAACACGGCCGGCGUGGUGACAGGGCACACCUCGCACCAAUUUCAAAUGGGCAAGGUAUAG